UAAAAACCCUCGACACCACCAUGCAUGUUUUUCCAGAAACUUGGCCACAUCUUAUCCACAAUCCAUAACUCCCACACUAUCACUGAUUCACAACCUCCUCGCUUCCCAAAUCAUAGAAAAACACACAACUUUAAACGAUAUAAGUUGCAGAAAACAAUUGAGAAAUAAAAUAGAAUAAAGAAAAUGUCCGUGGUGACGUCACAUUCAUUCAAAUUCCCAAACCCUUCAUCUCCAUCACCAUCGUCCUAUUCUGCAUAUUCACCAUCUUCUUCUUCUUCCUCUUCCUUCAAGUUCACCAUAAGGAGCUCUCAGGCUGAGGGUCCUCUAAGACGACCGGUGGCUCCGGCUCCCAUAAAGCCCGUGCCGCCAUCCCCAUCACUGCCUAAUUCUCCGCCGCCCAAGCCCGCGGCGGCGGCGGGGGACAAGAGUGCGAUCACGCUGGAGUUCCAGAGGCAGAAAGCCAAAGAGCUUCAAGAGUAUUUCAAGCUGAAGAAGCUCGAGGAGGCUGAUCAGGGCCCCUUUUUCGGUUUCAUAGGAAAAAAUGAGAUUUCUAAUGGAAGAUGGGCAAUGUUCGGUUUUGCGGUUGGGAUGUUAACAGAGUACGCCACAGGCUCGGACUUUGUGGAUCAAGUCAAAAUCCUUCUCUCCAAUUUCGGAAUUGUAGAUCUCGAGUGAUUUUUUUUUUAUUUUUUUUUCCAACAAAAAAAACUAUCAUUUAGAUUGUAAUGAGUUACCAGGACAACAGUGUUACGGGCAGCAAGGGUAUAAAGCUACUCUUAUAUGUAAUUUGACUUCAGACCAGUAAAACUUUUGGUUGUCAAAUAAUCAAUAUGAAGAGUAUAAAGUCCAAUUUGAAGGGCCAUAAACUCUUGGGAAUGCAACUGUUUCCCAGAUUUUGCAGAAUUUGACACGUAUAUAUGAAGAACCUAACCAUAAU